AAUGAAAUACCCCUAAAAUGCUUCUGAAGUUACUGAAAAACUUUUGAAAGAUCCAGAAGAUACUGAAACGCCUUGAAAAACUUCUGAAACACACUUAAAACAUUCCUAAUAUUACUCAAAUGCCGCAGAAGAUACUAAAAAGCCACAAAACACUCCUGAAACACUUCUAAAGUUAUUGAAACAUUCCUGAUAAAUUCUUGAAAUGCUCCUAAAGUUCCUGAAACAUUCUUGAAAAGCUCCUAAAGUUACUGAAACGUUCCUGAGACAUUCUUGAAAAGUUACAGAAAUGUUCCUGAAACUUUCUUGAAACUCUCCUAAAGUUCCUGAAAUGUUCCUGAUGUUCUUGAAAUGCUCCUAAAGUUCCUGAAAGUUCUUGAAACACUUCUAAAAUUCCAUGAAACAUUUUUGAAACUUUCUUGAAAAGCUUCUACAGAUACUGAAACAUUCCUGAAACCUUCUUGAAGUGCUCCUAAAGUUCCUGAAACAUUCUUGAAACGCUCCUAAAGUUACUGAAACAAUCCUGAAACUUUCUUGAAAUGCUCCUAAAGCUACUGAAAAUUUCCUGAAAAUUUCUCGAAAAACGUCUAAUGUUUCUGAAACAUUCCUGAGAUGUUCUUGAAAAGCUCCUAAAGUUACUGAAACGAUCCUGAAACUUUCUUGAAGUGCUCCUAAAGUUACUGAAACAUUCCUGAAACUUUCUCGAAAAACUCCUAAUGUUUCUGAAACAUUCCUGAGACAUUCUUGAAAAGCUCCUAAAGUUCUUGAAAUGUUCCUGAAAUGCUCCUGAACUCUGAAUUACAUCACCACUUGACUCUGGAGUUGUUUUUCAAGCGUGUUAGCACAUCAUUGCAGUAUGUCAACCAGCACAGAGCUGCCGUUCCGCUGCCCGGCCUGCGGAGAGGCGUGUGGGUUUGGAGAGCACCUGUCCAGCGCCCACUCCUGCCAGAAACUCUGUCUGGCCCCUCACCGGAGCUCUGAGGGUGGACUGAUGUCCCUGUACACCCAGCGAGAGAGCGAGAUCGACCGUCCUCUGCGGCUGGAGCUCCUGGAUGCCCUGAGUUUGGCCCGUCCGCUCCGAAAGAUUCUCAUUCAGAGGGACUCACCUGCUGUCCUGCCCUCGUCUCUGUCUCCAGUGCUGGCGGUCGCCAUGAGCUCCAGAACUGCAGAGGCAGACGCCGGACACGCUGUGGCCCAGCUGGGAGUGCCAUGGCUGGGCAGGCUGGCGCUGGAGGCCCGGCUUCAGCAGCUGGCGCUGGAGGUGCAGGAGCGUGUGUCGCUCAAACUGGAGGCGCUGCAGGACGAGGUGCAGCAGAGGAGCGUGGAGGUGAGGCGGGCCAGGAGAGAGAGCGAGUCCAUGCACAGACAGAAGCGGCAGGCGGAGGAGCGAGCGGCCGAACUGGAGCGGCAGGUGGACAUUUCCGUGGAGAUGCUGGCCAGCCUCAGAUACGAGCUGAGAGAGAGAGAUAAACAACUGCGGCGCAAACAACAGGAAGUGUGUGAUCUGGACAGGUUUGUGAGGGACACGGCGCUCCAGGAAGCCACUGCAAAGAUCCGUCUGCAGCACUUCAUCGAAGACCUGCUGGGGAGAGCGGAGAGAGCCGAGACGCAGCUGCAGAACCUCCACGAUGAUGUCACUUCCCCUCACAGACACCUGGCAGGAAGCAGAACGUCAGGCUACCAGAGGAGUUACAGCGUGUCUGGGAUGAGCAGGAGAUCUUCUCAUCUGUCUGAUCACAGAGCUGCUCAACACUACAGGUUCGAGCGGAGGCUGCGCACGCUGUCGGUGGGUUCGGGCGGCUGUGAGGGUCACUGGUAUGGACGGCAGGAUCAGCACGUGUUGUGUGGAGCCACCGAGGGUCCCUGGACGAUCCAACACACACACACUGACCCCGAUUCAGACCACUGGUCACUUUACACGGCAGAAUCACAGGAUGACACACAGCAACACACUGGAUACAGGACCUACAGCUGCAUGGGUCCGGGUCUGCACUGGUGUGUGAACAGAUCCAGUGACUCAGCCGUGUGUUCGGAGCGUCUGCGGCUCAAAGCGGCGCUGUUCUGUGUGUUCACUUAUCUGGACACGCGCUCGCUGCUCACCGCCGCUGAGGUGUGUAAGGAUUGGUGCAGUGUUGCACGUCAUCCUGCUGUUUGGACCACAGUUACACUGGAAAACGCACGUGUGUCAUCAAAGUUCCUCAUGACUCUGUCUCAGUGGUGCUGUCAGACUCAGUCUCUCAUUCUUCACAACCUCAAACCUCGAUCUCGUGGCAAGGAAGAGAGCAAAGACGAGUACUUACGCAACACCAGGGGCGGGCUGGAGGCGGGGCUGGAGGCGGUGCUGAAGUCAGGGGGGCGGAGUCUCAUCACUCUGAGUGUCUUUCAUUGCCCCAACAUUCUGACGGACAGGUCGCUGUGGCUCGUCAGCUGUCACUGUCGCACGCUGCAGUCGCUCACAUACAGGAGCGCGUCGGAUCCGGUGGGACAGGAGGUGAUCUGGGCUCUGGGGGCGGGAUGCAGGGACAUCACGACGCUGCGGAUCGCUCCUCUACAGCCGUGCCUGCAGCCCGGUCGCUUCAGUAACCGCUGCUUGCAGACGAUUGGCCGCUGCUGGCCGAACCUGUGUCGGGUGGGUGUGGGCGGGGCCAGCUGCGGCGUGCAGGGAUUGGCCUCUCUGGCGAGGAGCUGUGUGAACCUGUGUGAGCUGGAGCUGGAUCACAUGAGCGAGCUGAACCAGGAGGCAGCGGCGGAGAUCUGCAGAGACGGUCUCCAGCAGCUGCACACGCUCCGCUUCAUCUCCACACCCGUCACCGCCAGAGCCCUCCUGCACUUCAGCAGUGUGUGUGUGAGUCUGAAGUGUGUGGUGGUUCAGUUGAGUAUCUCUGAUUACUUCGAGGAUGCCGACAAUGAAGAAGCCAAGAGAUUAUUUGAGGAGAUCAUCAACAACCUACAGGCAUUGAGAAAGCGGCCGGCUCUGAGUGAAGUCCUACAGAUCAGGGUCGAGAAACACUGAGAAUCACGUCUGAUGAGCUCCUGAUUCACAGUGACCAUCUGACACACAAAAAAAAAAAAACACACACACACACACACACACACACACACACACACACAC